AUAUAUAUGUUUAUAUAUUUAUUUCUCAAAUAUGCAAUAUAUAAACAAUAGUGGUAUUAAGAAUAUGAAUAUUUUCUUGUUUCAGAGAAAAAAAACGAGCUGAAUGUCUAACAGUGACAACCAUAAAAACACAACCACAGUAUGAUCAGCAUAAAUGUAUUAGCUGCUAGAGUUUAUCUAAAAGACUGAAUGCAUACACUCAUUUCGAAAAAGGAUUAAAUCUAAAUCCUCUUGUCCUUCAGGAGACAUGUUUUUUAAAGAAGUGUUUCUCGUUUAAAGUAUAGACCAAAGACACUAUAUUGGCCAAUAGUAUGUGCACCCCUGACAAUCAGACCAAUAUGUGUUUUUUCCCCCCAAACUGUUGCCACAAAGUUGGAAAUACACAACUGUAUAUUAGGUCUUUGUGUGCUGUAACAUUACGAUUUCCCUUCACUGGAACUAAGAGGCCCAAACCUGUUCCAGCAUGACGAUGCCCCUGUGCACAAAGCGAGCUCCAUGAAGACAUGGUGUGUGAAGGUUGGAGUGGAAGAACUCGAGUGUCCUGCACAGAGCCCUGACCUCAACCCCACUGAUCACCUCCUCGAAUGAUCAGAUGUACAGCGUUUCUGAUUACAGUAAAGAUGGCAGCUGCUACUAAAACCCCUCCCGGCGCUGACCCCAAGCAGCUGGAGCGCACGGGGACGGUCCGCGAGAUCGGCUCUCAGGCCGUGUGGUCGCUGUCUUCCUGCAAACCCGGGUUCGGAGUCGAUCAGCUGAGGGACGAUAAUCUGGAGACGUACUGGCAGUCAGACGGCUCUCAGCCUCACCUCGUCAACAUCCAGUUCAGGAGGAAGACUACAGUGAAGAUGCUCUGCAUUUACGCCGAUUAUAAAUCCGAUGAGAGCUACACUCCCAGCAAGAUCUCAGUCCGGGUCGGGAACAACUUCCACAACCUGCUGGAGAUCCGGCAGUUGGAGAUGGUGGAGCCGAGCGGUUGGAUCCACAUCCCCCUCCUGGAUCUGGUGAACAACCCCAUCAGGACUUUCAUGAUCCAGAUCGCUGUGUUGGCCAACCACCAGAACGGCCGCGACACACACAUGCGCCAGAUUAAAGUGUACACACCUGUGGAGGAGAGCUCCAUUGGCAAAUUCCCACGAUGCACCACUGUCGACUUCAUGAUGUACCGCACCAUCAGGUGACCGUGUCCGGCGGCUAGUCACACUGAUCCACACGUCAUCUCUCCGGCUGUUCUCAUUAACGGGGAGUUGAAAUGGAAAAACUAUUAACCCAAACUUUUGCUUUAACCUGAAUGUCUUUCCUGUAAUGUGUGUUUUCAGAAUGUUUGCUGUACAGAUAAUAAAGUAUUUUUUUGUUUGUUUGUUUAAAUACAAAUGUUGCUUGUCUGUGAACGAUUUCUGUUAAUCACGACAAGUUUGUUCUGUAGCAGUUCAAUUAUUUAAGACAGCGGGACGUAUGAAAAGUAAGGAAUAAACCCCUCAGUGUUGUGCUGUUACAGGAAAAUAAUCAACAGGCAGCGGAAUUACUGUUACCUUCUUAAGUUUUUAUUCCUGUUAAACCACAGAAAUUAUUGCCACUGAUUAUUUUUUAAGUAAAGAUUUAAACAUACGUUUUAUCCAUUUAUAGUUACAGUAAACAUCCGUGAAACAAGUUAGUUCUCACUUCGGUUAAACCAGCCUCUCCACCUUUCAGCAAGACAAAAAAAAAAAAAAAGAUUGUCAUGUUACCCAAGAACCACAAAGCGUAAACUCCUCUGUCCUGAAGCUGUCGGAAAACGUACAGUUACAGUUUUACCUCAGGCUGUUACAAAGCGUUGACACUGGAGACUCCUUACAGAAAGCUUCACCAUAUCAACGAUUGCACAGGUUUUUUUUUUUUUUUUAAAUAUGUUUAUUAUCAGUGGAGCAUUUGCUGUAUGAGUCCCUGCGAAUGAGCUGUUAAACGAUAACAUUAGAACGAGCGCUUUAAUAUAAGCAUGUGAUUUGCAGCUGCACUACUGUCAGGGCUGCUGUUCUAGAAAACUAAUCAACACCUUCUGACCAAUCAGAAUCCAGCACUCAGCUGCGCUGUGGUGUAUAAUAUUAAUUUAUCAUAUCAGUGUAAUGGCCUGAGGUGAGGUGUAGCUGUUUGCAUUGUGACGGGGCGGAGCUAUGGUUUUAAACAAUGUUUUUCAAAAUGUCUUCAUCAUCGUCGUCAUCAUCAGUAUUCAUAUGGAAUAUAAUAAGCUCUCUCAAUAUGUGUGAAGAUUGAUUUGGCCCCUCAGCAAACCUCUUAUUUAAAAGUCCCCCAUCAUUUGAUGAUACAUCAACAUUAUUACUUACAAAUGAGAAAUAAAUCCUGAAGUAUUAAUGAAUACUAUGACUAAUACAUUAAAUUAUUGUGUGUAUGUGUGAUACAUUUAGCAUUUAGAAUCCAUUAUGAGUAUAUUGCACCUUUAUGAAUGCAUUAAACGUUAAACAUUGUCUGUUACGCUGUCAGACUGAUGCCACAUCAAUAUGGCUAAAGUAUA